AUGACGGAUCUUCAGGGCAGAAAGGUGUUCAAGGUGUUCAACCAAGACUUCAUAGUGGAUGAGCGAUAUAAUGUAACAAAAGAGCUGGGGCAAGGCGCAUACGGCAUUGUCUGUGCUGCUCAAAAUAAUUCAACAGGAGACGGAGUUGCAAUCAAGAAAGUGACCAAUGUCUUCAGCAAGAAGAUCCUUGCCAAACGAGCUUUGCGAGAGAUCAAGCUGCUUCAGCAUUUCAGAGGGCACCGUAACCUAAUGUCAAUGAAGAUUACAUGUUUGUAUGACAUGGACAUCCCGAAACCAGACAACUUCAAUGAGACAUAUCUCUAUGAAGAACUUAUGGAAUGCGAUCUUGCUGCUAUCAUCCGGUCCGGUCAACCACUCACAGACGCCCAUUUCCAAUCAUUCAUAUAUCAGAUACUAUGUGGUCUCAAAUACAUUCAUUCAGCAAACGUUCUCCACAGAGAUCUCAAACCCGGAAACCUGCUUGUCAACGCCGACUGCGAGCUGAAGAUCUGCGAUUUUGGUCUCGCAAGAGGAUUCUCAAUAGACCCCGAUGAGAACGCGGGCUUCAUGACCGAAUACGUGGCUACGCGAUGGUACCGAGCACCAGAAAUCAUGUUGAGUUUCCAAAGCUACACCAAAGCCAUCGACGUCUGGUCCGUCGGCUGCAUCCUCGCCGAACUCCUCGGCGGCCGCCCCUUCUUCAAAGGCCGCGACUACGUCGACCAACUCAACCAAAUUCUACACUACCUUGGCACGCCCAACGAAGAAACCCUCUCCCGCAUCGGCUCCCCACGAGCCCAAGAAUACGUGCGCAACCUGCCCUACACAAACAAAGUCUCCUUCCAACGGCUCUUCCACCAAGCCAACCCCGACGCGCUCGACCUACUCGACAAAAUGCUCGCCUUCGACCCCUCCUCCCGCAUAUCAGUCGAAACGGCGCUCGAGCAUCGCUACCUGCACAUCUGGCACGACGCGUCCGACGAGCCGAAUUGUCCCCAGACGUUCGACUUUCAUUUCGAGGUCGUGGAGGAUGUGCCAGAGAUGAGGAAGAUGAUUUUGGAUGAGGUGCUCAGGUUUAGGCAGACUGUGAGGACGCCCCAGGGUAUGCCGGGCCCGGUCCAGGGAGGACAGCAGCAGCAGACGCAGCAGCAGGGGCAGGUGCCGAUGCCGCAGGAUAGUAUGGGGGCGUGGAGGCAGGAGGACCCGAGACCGCAGGAGGCGGCGAUGGUGGGUGGUGGUUAUCAGCAGGAUGAUUUGAACCAGGUUCUGCAAGGGGGGUUGGAUGCGAUGCAUCAAUAA